CUGGACAUCAAAAAAAAACCUUUUAAUAUUUUCAACUUUUAUUUUGGGUAAAUAAAAAAAAUAUAUAUACUUGGUUAUCAGCUUAUCUAGCAUGGCUGGACAACAAGCAGAGAGACCACAUUCUCUAGCAACAGAGCUCCAUGAUGCAGCACUUAACGGAGACGUACCUUCAUUGCUCAACUUACUCGAAAGAGAUUCGGUUGUUCUCGAUCAAUGGAUCAAUGACAAACUAGCCAAAUUUAUGCACCCUCCAUUAGCUGCUAAUUCUGUUACACGGCUACUGAAUGCAGCACUCGAGGGAGACGUACCUUCGUUGCUCAGUUUGUUCCAACAAGAUCCACUCAUUCUAGAUCGAUGCAUCAUUCAGAACUCGGGUUUGCCUUUACAUGUAGCCGCUAAAGCAGGACACCUAGAGUUCUUGUCAGAGAUUUUACGCCGUAAGCCAGAAUUAGCAGAGGAGGUUGAUCAGUCGAAAGGUUUGUCGCCUUUACAUAUUGCCUCCACAAAAGGGCACUUGGAGAUUGUCAGAUUAUUGCUUGCAGUGAAGCCUAGCAUGUGUUUUGCACGUGAUCGAGAUGGAAUGAACCCGGUUCAUGUUGCAGCCGUAAAUGGUCAAGUUCAAGUGCUUGAUGAGCUUUUUCGGGCUAUGCCAGAGGCGACUCGGGAACGAACGACCGGUGGUGAAAAUGUACUGCACUUGUGUGUAAAACACAAUCAGCCAGAUGCUCUCAGGUUUUUAAUAGAUGUCACAAAUGAUGAUGAGCUGCUCAACUCCAGGGACAGUGAUGGAAAUACUGUGUUACACUUAGCAGUGGUUGCCAAACAAGUUGAGAUGGUAACAUUAUUACUAGAGCACAAAAGGAUUGAUAUAAACGCAGUGAACAUAAAAGGUUUGACAGCUUUGGAUAGCCAUUUGCUAAGAAGAAGAAAAGUAAAAAUGUAUUAUUGUUAUCAUCAAGCAGUGAUAAAAUGGGGUGAUGACGAUGAAAUUGGACCGUCCCUUGAGAAUUCCAAAGCAUUAAGAGCUCAAGAUGCACUGUAUAUCAAGAACAAAGAUAAGACAAUAACUAAUCAAAGCAACGCACUAAUGGUGGCAGCAUCUGUUAUAGCAAGCAUAGCUUUCGAGGUCGUAAUAAGCCCUCCUGGAGGCUUUUGGCAAGAAGAUUCUCCUAAAGGAACCUCCUAUUCAGAGUCCCAUGAAGCAGGAAGAUACAUACAGGAAAAAAUGGUAGCUUGGGUUUAUUUAGUGGUUUCGAAUACAAUCGCACUGGCUUCAUCUCUAAGUGUUAUCCUUCUCCUUAUAAGUGGUUUUCCUAAUACCCGACUCUUUGUCGUGGUUUUAAGGAUAACCAUUUGGAUUGCGGUGACAGCAACGGUUGUUACUUACUUUCUAUCGGUGGAAAUAUCUACUACUGCCGAAUAUGAAUGUACUACGUUUAAGGUACCUAUAUACACUCUCCUUGCUUGGAUUUGUUUGAUGGCGAUUGUUGUCCUUGCUCAUGCUCAGAACUUCCUAGUCAAGUUCAUCAUCAAGCAACCAACUUUACGCUCAUUUUUUAUCAAAUGGUUUAACCCAAUUUGCUGUGUUUGCACUACCGGGGCCAUUGAUCAUGUUUAAUAUAUACCCCAUGGAUCGGACAUACAUCUUAUAUUCCUGUGUAUUGAUGAUAGUGUAAUGUUGGAUUACUAUAUCAUAAUGUUUCUGUUGCUCUGUCA